AUGGGAAAGGCGGUGUCGAAACUAUCUAAGGACGACUUGAAGUCGCUCCGUCAAGCCACGUAUUUCGACAAACGAGAACUUCAGCAAUGGUACAAAGGCUUCAUCAGAGAUUGUCCGUCGGGACAGCUUUCGGAAGAGGAGUUUUCCAAGGUAUUUAAACAGUUUUUCCCGUUUGGAGACCCAGCAGACUACUGCCAUUUCUUGUUCCAAGUGUUUGACGUAGAUAAUUCAAAGUACAUAGACUUCAAGGAGUUCAUCAUUGCUCUUUCCAUAACAUCACGGGGUCUGGAAGACCAAAAACUCAACUGGUGUUUCCGGCUUUACGACAAUAAACGAGCUGGAAAAGUCGGUUACAAGGAUAUGCUAGCGGUUAUAUCAGCCAUAUAUAAGAUGGUCGGUACCAUGGUGGCACUUCCCGAGGACGAAAAGACCCCAGAAGCCCGAACAGAAAAGUUCUUCCGUUUGCUAAAUAAAGACAAAGAUACCGAUACCAUUAACCUACAGGACUUCAAGAGAUUGCUGAAACUUGAUCCUACUAUAUUGAACGCAUUGAACUCGUAUGAGGGAUUAGUGUAA